UCGAAGACUGCAGAAAAUGCUGAGUAGAGUGUAGACGAACAAGGGGAUGAUACAAGUCAAGCAUUGAAAAGACUCAAAGAGUGCAGAAAUGGCAGCUCGCAUUGCCUCCUCCAGAUCCCUCUCCUCAUUCCUUUUCUCUCCCAGAGUAAAUCCAUUUUCCCCGGCCUACUUCUCCACAAACUUCGUUGGUGAAUCCCCAGUUCUCGUUAGGGAUUUUAUUCGUGCGGCUUUGUAUGAUCCAGAACAUGGAUAUUUUUCUCAAAGGUCGGACUCAGUUGGAGUGCUUGAUCGAAGCAUUAAGUUCAAUCAGCUCGACGGCCGGAAAGCUUAUACAAAGCACGUGGAUGCUAUCUACAAGCAGAACGAUAUAUCUUGGUUUACCCCGGUGGAGCUUUUUAAGCCUUGGUAUGCCCAUGGAAUAGCUGAAGCAAUUCUCCGGACUACUAACCUAUCUGUUCCACUAAAAAUAUAUGAGAUCGGAGGGGGAUCAGGAACCUGUGCGAGGGGUGUAAUGGAUUACAUAAAAGUGAAUGCACCUUCAAGAAUUUAUGAUAGUAUGCAAUAUAUUUCAGUGGAAAUUAGUUCUUCGCUGGCCAAAAAGCAGCUGGAAACUGUCGGAGAAGUUAGUAGCCACGCGAAAAAGUUCAGGGUAGAAUGUCGUGAUGCUGCUGAUCCAAGUGGAUGGGGUUCUGAGCAACAACCAUGUUGGGUGAUAAUGCUGGAGCAUAUGGGUCGUUUGUCUGAUAAACUUUUGCAGGUGCUUGAUAAUCUUCCACAUGAUCUAAUCUAUUCUAAGGAUCAAGUCUCACCUUGGAUGGAAGUUUGGGUUGAAAAAAGACAUGACAAGCCCGAACUCUCUGAGCUGUAUAAGCCUUUGGAAGAUUCACUUAUUGAAAGUUGCAUGGAAAUCCUGGAUUUGGCAAAAGACGGUAAACCUCAUGGAAGCAGGAUGGGUUCAAUCGCUCAAAGUUUUUUGGCUAAAGUGUUCCCGAGGCCUCGAAGAAGCUGGCUACCAACCGGUUGUUUAAAACUCCUACAAGUUCUACAUGGCGCCUUACCAAAGAUGUCCUUAAUCGCGUCCGAUUUCACUUACCUUCCUGAUGUAACAAUACCAGGCGAACGCGCCCCUCUCGUUGCCAGCAAGAAAGAUGGCACUAACUCAGAUCAUAACAGUUACCUGGAUGCCAAGGGUGACGCCGAUAUAUUUUUUCCAACGGACUUUUGCCUUCUAGAAGAUAUUGAUCACUAUUGCUCUGGAUGGUUAAAGCCAACCGAAGCUAAACCAUUGAAGAUAGGAAAGAAGAGGCGAACCCUUAUGCUUGAUACAUCAUCUUUUAUGGAAGAAUUUGGCAUUCCUUCCAAGACGAGAACCAAAGAUGGAUACAAUCCGAUGCUGGAUGAUUUCAAGAACACCAAGUUCUACCUGAGCGUUCCAACACAUAACACCAAGUAGACUGAUGGGAUCCUCUUCCAUUUGUUUUGUUGAAACCACAGCAACAAUGGGUUGUUUGACAUUCUCAUCGGGAUUAUAUGCCAACCUUUUUACAUUCCUGAGAGAUGAGUUCCAUUUUGAAGACAUUGAUGCUGCUAAAAUCACCAACUAUGUCAAUGGAAGCAUCACUUUCAUCCCUAUCUUCGCUGCAAUCAUUGUUGAUUCAUUUGCUGGCUGCUUUUCCUACUUACCUUAUAGAAGAACUCAGGCAUACCAUUUUUGUUCUUACAAUAGAAGGAAAGCUUGACACCAUCACGCCAUAGAAUCAUUUCACACCAUGUUCAAUGAGCUCGAGGCUUCCUCAAUUUCUUUGGUUGUCGGUCCAUUACUAUGUUUCUUUUUUAGAUCGAUGUUACCACCAUUUUCUUUAUUUUUGUUUUUAAUAAUUAUAAUUUUUUUUAAUAGUAAUGAUUAGAUUUUUAGUCCAUCUAUGUUACUUUAUAGUUGAUCC